AUGCACCGCUACGUGCAGUGCAUGCACUCCAUGCACCGCUACGUGCAGUGCAUGCACUCCAUGCACCGCUACGUGCAGUGCAUGCACUCCAUGCACCGCUACGUGCAGUAUCCGGCCAGGAGAAUGACCGCGCUCUUUGACCUAUCGGCCGUCACGCUCCGCUGCUCUGCUCACUCUUCUCACUUUUCUCUCCUUCCUGCUCACUCAUCGUCCCUUUCUUGCUCACUCUGCUCCCCUCCUGCUCACUCUACUCCCUCUCCUGCUCACUCUGUUCCCCUCCUGCUCACUCUGCUCCCCCUUCUGUUCACUCUGCUCUCCUUCCUGCUCACUCUACUGCCCUCCUGCUCAUUCUGCUCUCCUUCCUGCUCACUCUGCUCUCCCUCCUGCUCACUCAUCGUCCCUUUCUUGCUAACUCUGCUUCCCUCCGGGUCACUCUGCUCCCCUCCUCCUGCUCACUCUGCGUCCCUCUCUUGCUCACUCUGCUUCCCUUCCUGCUCACUCUGCUCUCCUUCCUGCUCACUCUGUUUCCCCUCCUGCUCACUCUGCUUCCCAUUCUGCUCACUCUGCUUCCCCUAUUGCUCACUCUUCUUCCCCUUGCUCGUGCAUGUAAAUUCUGCUCAGCCACGUGAGAUCCACGACCAUCAGCCGUUGAGUCUGGGCCAUGUGUCGAGCGCGUCUAUGGACAAUGUGUUCGAGGCCCUGCUGCGCCCCAGCAGACCCAGACCAGAGCCACACACGGCAGACCUACAGAACAUCAUAAACGACCUGAAGGCGGAGAACGCACACCUCAAGGGGGAGCUGCAGGAGGCGAGAGACCAGGCCGACCUCCUCGAGUUCCGGGUGCUCGAGCUCACUGAAGCUUCCGACCGGUUCUCCGAGUCUGGAAAGUCUGGAAAUGACAGAGACUUGACAGAGGAACCUACGGGGCAUGCUGCCGUCUCUGACGACCUGUCUCUGCCUCUGUCUAUUGACAGCGGCCUCGACCUCACGGCAGACGGAAAAAAAACGCGUCUUUCUGGGCCUGGCAAGAACACAUCUGGGCCAGCAUCUCCAGGUUCAUCCAGCAGUUCGGUGGUGAGUCCAACUGGAUCGCGACCCAGCAAUAGCCCCGACCCCGAAAACAAACAAAUGUCAGCAUCACUUCAGUCCAGUUCAGUUCAGUCCAGUUUGUCGUCUAAACCUGCCAUAAAAGCUAACAACGUGUCGGUAGAGAUGGAGGAAACCUCAACUUCUAAGUUCGAGGAUGCAGAAGCGGAAGUUGAGCGACUCCAGGAAGUUGUUGCUAACUUAGAUCAUUACUUAGCGUCGCCUGAGCAACUUGAAGCGGCGCUGUUGCAAGCUAUGGAGAAACUGCGGGCUAUGGACGCGUCAAUCCAAAACCUCGAGGUCAGAGUAUCGAGUUUGUCGGGUGAGAAUCGUUAUCUCUCCGACGCCUUGUCAGCUCUGUCGGAUUCCCAUGAGACUCGUACCGAAGCGUCGGGCACUGAAUCUGAGAUGGUGAGUCGCAAGACUCCGUCCCUGCACUCGGAUCUCAGUGACUCAGAGAGCGAUUCGUCAGCGACAGAUUCGCGUCCGACCAAGAAGCGACUCGAAGUCACGUCCAGCUUCCAGGAGUCCGGGAUAUUCGACGGGACCUGUGACGUCACACACGCUGCGACACAAACGGAGACAGGUCCAGAGGUGAGGCUGAUGAUGGUGUACGAUGAGAAGUGCGAGCUGGAGGAGGCAGAGAACGAUGCCCGCCUCAUGGUCCAGAGGCUGGACUCUCAGCUGACGGCGGCGCGGGAGAUGGAGUUGCUGCUGAGCGCUUCACUGUCGCAGGAGCAGGAGAUCUCCAGGGACCUGCAGGACAAGGUUAGGGAGCAGCAGGUAUCAGAGAAAGAGCGCUGCCUAAGAAUGGUCAUGAUGGAGAGGGACAACUUCAACCUAAACAUGGACGACAGAGUUGUUAGCCUCGUGCUUGACAAAGACUCUUACGCAUCCCAGCUUCUCUUCGUGAAGCACAGUCUUAUUUUAUUGCAAGUCUUCCGACACUUCCAGCUUCACAACACCAACAUGUCGAUCGACGUUGACGGACAUCGAACUCCUGAUGGCGGGUUGGAUGGCUUAGAUGAGGUCUUGCCUUCACGUCUUGAUAAGUUAGAGGAUCACAUGGACUUGGAUACGCUUGGAGAUUCUGAUUGCUCCGGUGAAGACAUAAAUGAUUCUUGUGAUCUCAUCAUCGCAAAUGAGGACCCUGAUGUUCAUGGCUCCUCCGAGAGGGGGGAUCUGAUCGACAGCGCCAUCGAUGAAGCCCUCAUGCAUAUUUCCUCAACAGGGUCUCAAGAAUUGGACUUUUCGUCGUCGUUUUUGUCGCUCGAUGAAAUGAUCGGAAGUCCUAAAUUCCCCGACUUUUUGGUACCCGGUCUUGUGGACGUGAGUGUUCAGACCGAGCCUGAAGUGCAGCGAAACCAGGUUCCAUUUACGAAUAUUGAAAACACUUUAUUAUUGACACCAAAUCUUCCUUAUGAAAGUAAUUCAUCAGAAUCAAGCAACCAUCAUGAUGACAUCGAACGUCAGCCUGAAAACCAUUCCAGUCACUCCGACUUUUCAGCACCUAAAGUUAGUCUCACCAGUCAAGGCAGUCAGACUGCGGCUGUGCAGAAGCCUCUGGUGCAGAACAAAGGGACGAUGACGGUGCAGAAAGACCUCUUGUCACAGCGUGAAGAUUUGUACCUCGGCCAGAUCGAGACUCUCCAGCAGGAGAAGAUAGCGCUUAGGAAGGAGUGCGAGCAGGAGCGAAGUACCUCGCUGCAUGCGUGCCGUGCGCUGCAAGAGGCGCUGCAGGAGGCGCAGGAGCAGGCGCGCGCAGGCGAGCGUGCGCGCGCUGAGCUGCAGUGCGAGCUGGACGAGCUGAGCGAGCAGCGCGACGCUGCCACCGUGCAGCUCAACAAGCGCAUCCAGCAGCUCACAGCUGACCUUGCACGCUCCAGCGACGUGCAUGAGGCGGAGAAGGCGGCGUUGCGGCGGGACUACGACGCGCGGGUGGCGGAGGUGGCGGCGGAGCGGCGGCGUUACGCCGAGCGCAGCGCGCAACUCGAGCGCAACCUGCGCGACCUGCGCACCGAACUGCAGGUGGUCGGGGUGGCCAUGGUGGCGGACAUGACAGGCUUUGAAGGCCGUCCACACGAUGCUAAUUCAGCGGCCAUCAAGGCGGACAUGGAGGACGGAGGCCAGCAGGAGGCCGACCACGAUGGACAGAGCAGCGACAUGAUGGACAAGAUAAGGCGGCUGGUCAAGUCAGAGGCCGCCGCCAGGGCAAAGAUAAUAGAGCUCGAGAAAAAGGAGAGCGCGUACCGCCAGACCAUCCAGGAGGCGGACGCCAUCAUGCAGCGGCACGUUGCCGUGUACACGACGCGCAUAGACGAGCUCGAGGCCUCCCACGACCUCUGCCAAGCACGACUAGCGCAGCUCACGGCCUCUGAGGCACGGUGCAGAUCUACCCUGAAGAACAGUUGUCGCAGCGAGCAGGACGCGCGAGUCUCGGAACUCAUCGAACAACUUCUGAACACUGAGAAGUCGGGGCUCGAACUUAAGGAUAAACUCUGGAGACUUGAGAAGAAUGAGAAGGAACUUAAGAUUAGGUUGCUGGAGAGCGAGAAGGCGCAGGAGGCGCUGAAGGGGGAGCUCCUGGAGCAGGAGGAACUGAUCCUGAAGAUGCAGGCGCUGCAGGUGGAGAACUGCGCCAUCACUGAGCAGCUGCAGCAGGCGCACGAAGGCGUACGGCGCACGGUGGACCUGCAGCAGACGCAGCGGCUCCUAAAGGCGCGCGUCGAGGAGCUCGAGGCGUCCGAGCAGUCCUUGAGGGAGUCCUUAGACCGCUCCUGCGCCUCCUGGGUCCUUAAGGAGAGGAAGUUCAAGGAACAGUUGUCAGCGCUGGAGGAGGAGGUGUCAGCGCUGAGAAGUCAGCUCGAGACCUCAGCGGCUGACGCGAGCGAGGCUCGUGCGACGGAGGUCGCGCUGAAGCGUCAGCUCGAGGAGGUCAAAUGUCAGCUCGUCGAGGUCAGGAGGGAACUCAGCUGCUCCAGCGCUGACGAGACCAACAACCGAGCUGAGGUGUCGCGCACGCGCGCUCAGCUGCGGCAGGCGCAGGCGGCGCUGACGGACGCCGAGGCGCUGAACUGCGGCCUGCGUGAGCGCCUGGCCGCCGCUGAGGCGCUCAAAGAGGCGCUCGAGCGCGCGCUGGACGAGCGCAAACGCAGACACGAGAGCGACCUGCUCGCCCUCAACCUGCAGGCGAGUCAGCGCGAGUGUCGCCUGGAGGAGACGGAAGGUCAGCUGUGUGAGCUGACUCAGCUGCAUGCAGCGCGCGAGCUGGACCUGCUCGCCUCCUCGCCUGUCGAGCCUGCCAUCAGGGCGACUUAUCGCCUGCUCGCCAAACUCACCGUGUGCGCGGAGUGCGCGCAGCUGCACGGCGCAGUGGUGCGCGAGCUGCGGGCGCAGGUGGACGCGCUCAGCGAUCUCCUGAACGGCAACAACGACGACGACUCUGAUGACGAAGACGAUGGAGGGAACAUAGAGCGAACCACUGACGGCGAACCAGAGACGUGCGCGGCCGUCGCGUGUGAACCUGACGUCUCCACGUGUACUUUGCCGAACCAGGAACUGGUUCCUGAUGAAGCGUGCAUCGCAACCCCGCCUGGUUCUGAGAACCCUGGUCCUGUGCCAGCUCCUCGACGGAAGCGCAAGCUGAAGAGAGCAGAGUUCAGCUCGAGCCUUAGGAGCUCGCUGAGGAGCAGGAAGCAAGGAGGAGGCUCCACCAUCCUGGAGGAGCUGGAGGAGAAGGUCAGGGAGCUGGAGGACUCGGUGAGCAGGAAGGAAGAAGAGCUCAGGAUCGCUGAUGGAGAGGCGACCGAGCUGAGCAACAAGCUGCAGCACACGCAGCAACUUGCCCUUAGUAAGGACGCGGAGUUGGCGUUGGUGCGACGCGCCCUGACAGAGCUCCAGCAGCAGCUCCUACGCAGCCUGGAGGCCAACGAGGCCAACAAUACCGAACUACAGUCCUCGUUUAAGGAGCGCGUGGACGCUGUGGUGGCGCGCGGGCGCCUCAAGGACCGCAUCAUCGCCACGCUCGUCAUGCAGAUACGCGCCGUGCUCAGAACGUCGAACAUGAGUGUGGCGGUGAAGCAGUUACGUCAGAUAGACGACAACGCAGCGUUGCGUCGACAACGUAAGACGAUGCUGCAGAAACUCGGCAUAACGAACGGCGACGUUGCGAGUAACGUCGCGCCCGACGACGAUGAUGACGAGAUCGUCGAUUACGACGUCGAGUCUGUGUGUGACGCCAUGAUGCGGCCACAUGAGAUGGUCUUUGGUUCUCUGAUGCUCAUCAGAGAGUCUCUUCUCUCAGUGAAUGGAGAACUACUGCUCGAUAAAUGCUCUCAAACUGUCGAGCGGGAUUUCCUUCGCCCUAUAAUGACUCAUCAAGAGACACAAACCACAUCAGAACACACCUCACAUUUUCCUGUUCAAGUGUCUGAACAAUUCAGUGAUGUCCGGACGCUCGAUCUAAUACCGCGAUGUGAACUUGAUAUAAUUGAAUCAGAAAUUGUUGAACCUGUCGUAUGUGCUGUGAAAUCGCCUCAAGAUAAUGAUCCCUCUUUAAAUGAUCAGAAUUCAAAGAUUAAUAAUGACUUCGUUGCGGAUGUUUCAUCAAGUCCGGCUUUUGAAGGAGUUAAAUCAGUUUCGUGUUCCGUGAACCAAGCCCUAAACGGAAACGUAUUCGCGCAGGAUAGCCAUAAAGUUAUCCAAGAACCGUACUGCAACUUUAACACAGAAGUUACGUCUGAAAUUUUUGAAAAUGAAGAAGGUAGCAGUAUCGUAAUACGAGUGCACACAGACCGAGACGAAGUUCCUCAGGUUAAAGAACCGCUUCACCCAGUACCUCCAAUACCUUCUAUUCAUAUGUAUACCCAAACAACACAAACUUGCUUCCGUAGGAUAGGCCCAGCAAGACAGUCGUUCAUUCCUCGACCCACCGCUCGAACCACCAUAACUUGCGCCCCAAACUCUACUGAUGUUCUGACACCUUCUAUUAGUGUGCACAACUCACCAACGGCAAACACUUCUGUUGGGAAGAAAGUGUCGCCUUUACCGACAGAAAAGAAAGUACCUAAUAUCCAAUCAUAUCCACCCUGUAACGUUUCUUCUGCACAGUCUUCGUGCUCAGAAGUAUCUCAAUCACAGUCUUCAUGCACCACCGUAUCCUUAGCACAGUCUUCGAGCUCUGAAGUAUCCCAAUCACAGUCUUCAUGCACCACCGUAUCCUUAGCACAGUCUUCAUGCUCCACCGUAUCCCUCUCACAGUCUUCAUGCUCCACCGUAUCCCUCCCACAGCCUUCAUGCUUCACUGUAUCCUCAGCACAGUCUUCGUGCCCCACCGUAUCCCUAUCACAAUCUUCUAUACGUCAGAAAGUAAGCCAUGCACCAUCUAUCCCAGCACCGAAACUCUCUCUUGCACCAUCUGGUUUAGCUUGCAAGCCAGCAAGCACAGCGCGAGGUGGCAUUGCAUGGUCAAAAAGGGGACAUCCUGCGACGUCCUGUGAUGCCAGCGGCCGUUGCUCCAAGGUUCCCUCUCACGUCACACACAAGCCCAAUGCCGUAUCAGAUGCUCGAUGUAUAAGAAGGAUGCUCACUGACGUCGCUCCGCCACGCGCGAGAGUGAACUGCAUCGCUGCCGGCGAACUCGACCCUACCGCCGCAGAGUCCGCUUCGAAUAGCGAAUCCCUUCCAUCUCAACAUUCACUUCAUACAUUCGACAAAAAAUCCUCAUCAGAUGCUCACUCGUCCGUGAGAAACGCACGUUCAAAUUCUCUUUCUUGCUCGCGAGGGCAGGUUCCUUCAUCCCCUCCAAAAUGGCGACCGGCUGGCUCAACCUCGACAGAUCCUCCGGCACUUCUAAGCAGCAGUUGUAAAGUGGAUGGCAGCGGGUGUAUUCCCAAGCCCGAAGAUCUCCGAGUUACUCGACACGUGGGGAAAGAUGGCGUGGUGAUCGCAUGGAACCCUCUAGACCACGACUGCGUGGCAGGCUUCCAGGUGGUGGUAGGAGGCCAAGUGGUCCAGUUCAUCAAGUCUCCCCACAGAACCAAGGCUUUGAUCACAGGUCUACCCAUCUCGCCUACCAUCACCAUCGGUCUGGUGUCGGUGGGUGUAGAUGGCAGGUGUUCCAAACCUGCGGUCGUGGCGUGCGAUCGGUCACAAUUGAGCUCCAGGAGAAUCGUCAGGAAAAGUUCUUCCUCAAGACGAACAGUCGGACCGACUGCUAUCUAAUGAGCACGGAAUCAUUGUAUUUUGGACGUAAUAUUUGCGGUCAAACCCUAUUUUUUUAACAUGACUAGGGCUUUUUUUUACUUUGGACCGAGUUUAGAUUUUUAUCUUUACAUUUAAGUAAAAAAUAACUUCUACAAUUUCUUAUAUUGAGCGGUGGUUUUCAGGGUCUGUGCGGAUUCAUCAACUUUUUUGUGUUUUCCAUGUUGUGGCAAACUUUUGUUUCUUUUUGUUUUCAUAGUUGUUUUUAAUAUGAAAACUUGACGUUCUUCAGGGUGUUACGCAUUUAGGUAUACAUUUUUUCAUUGUAUUAUUUUUACCUAUAAUUUAAACUGUGAUCAUGUUCUACGAUUGUCGGAAGAUCAAGCUUCAAUUUGCUUAAUGAGACUUAUGUUCAAUACCGGAAUUCAAUAGCCUGCGACUACACAUCGUACAAACCGUUGUUGGUAUGCGUGUCAACGCUGUGCGUUUUGACGUACGGCGCUCAGUUUUGAAUCAGGACAGGAUAUUGUAUUAUUUUUUUAGCAUAUUUUGUUCUAACAUCUGCCCCAACUAUUCAAUUAAAGCAUUCGUGCUUUAAGAGAUACUAUAAUUAACUCACAAACUUGACUGAAUGAUUUUUUACAGAAGUAGAAUCCCGUAGUCUAGUUAAUUAUUUUUACCAACGCGUAUUCCUAGUUUGAAAGAUUUGUUAUCUUGUUCUAGUGCCCUUAUUUUUCAUUGUUAUUUGAUAUUAAUAGUUUGUAUGGAUUUGGUUCAUACUUGACUUUGAUUUGUCGCGUUUCUGCGCUUGAUAAGUUGAGUAUUCAACUCGUGUGAGCGUGUGUGUGUUCAUAUCGUUUUCCAUGUGAGAUACUUCAAUUAAAUAACAUUUGUACAGAUCCUUUUAAGUGCCAACUACGUUUAAUACUUAAUAAUUACGAAACAUGUUGCCAGUAUAGUGCAACGCCUGCUAUAGCACUAGUGACAUGUACAUCAUUUUCUUGCGAGUAUAUAGCAACGUCCUUUUUUAGUAGUACAUGUAAAUAAUUUUACUGCAAGGAUAGUUCAGCGUCUUUAUUUUUCUCAGUACAUGGACAUCAUUUUUUUGAUGAGUGUAGUGCAACUUCUGUUUUUCUUUAUUAGUGCAUGGACAUCAUUUUCAUGCAAUUCUAGUGCAUCGUUUUUUUAGCAGUACAUAUACACCAUUUUCAUGGCGGUUAAAGAGCUCUCUCUCUCUCUUGGCGGGAGCUCUUUUUCUUGGCGGUUAAAGAGCUCUCUUUAGCGACGUUUCAUCUUCAGCUCCCGCGUUGUAGUCUCGACGUCGUUGUCUGUUCUUGUAUUAUUGUUUCGUUGUUUGCGAUAUCAUUCAAUAAAUAUAACUAAACUUA